AUGUGGAGGCACAGAGGACACGUUGGACGCGAUAGAACGUUACUUUUGGUCUCUUCAUCUUAUUUCUGGCCUUCUUUGCGACGUGACGUAGAGAGAUUCGUUGAACGAUGUGUCAUUUGUCAAACAUCCAAAGGACAAGCAUCAAACGCAGGAUUGUAUCUUCCUCUACCUAUUCCGACUCAGCCUUGGACGGAUAUCAGCAUGGACUUUGUGAUGGGUCUUCCGCGUACUCAAAAAGGCUUUGACUCCAUCUUUGUCGUGGUUGAUAGGUUCUCUAAAAUGGUACACUUUAUUCCCUGCAAACGGACCACUGAUGCGGUUCAAGUGGCGACUCUGUUUUUUCGUGAAAUUUAUCGCUUACAUGGACUGCCUGCUUCAAUAGUCUCCGACCGUGAUUCACGUUUCUUGGGCCACUUUUGGCGUUCGUUAUGGAACCUUCUUGACACUAGCCUCGACAUGAGUUCUGCCUACCAUCCUCAAACCGAUGGCCAAACCGAGGUUACUAAUCGAUCUUUAGGUAACCUUUUGCGCUGUUUAGUUGGUGAUUCCAUCAAGAGUUGGGAUUCUAAGCUUCCACAAGCAGAGUUUGCACAUAAUCAUGCCGUCAAUCGCAGUUCAGGCUACAGUCCUUUCCAAGUUAUCUACGGCUUUUCUCCUCGUGGUCCAGUCGAUUUAUCUACUCUACCUGAUCGCACUAGACUUCAUGGCGACGCUGAAACUUUCAUGGAAAAUGUCCUUGAGACUCAUGAAAAAGUCAAAGAGAAUCUUGCCAUUUCCACCGCUAAGUAUAAAUCUGCCGCUGAUACUCAUCGUAGACGUUUGGUGUUUGAAGUGGGAGACUUCGUUUGGGCUGUCUUAACCCGAGAUCGUAUGCCUGCUCAUGCAUAUAACAAACUGAAAGCAAAAAAAAUUGGUCCUCUUGAAGUUUUGGAGCGUAUCAACGAUAAUGCUUAUCGUCUUCGCCUUCCCUCUGAUGUUCGCACUUCUGAUGUCUUCAAUGUCAAGUACUUGUCUCGUUACCAUUCACCAAUCACUACUCCAGAUUCAGGGACGAAUCUUUCUAACCCCGGGAGUCCUGAUGUAGCAUCUUAA